AUGGCGCUACUCUUCACUGACUUCUUCAUCCAUCCGGUCUCCAACACCCUCAGGGAGUUGCCUGUUCUGACCCCAUCGGUUCUGACCAAUCUUCAAAUGAAGCUACAAGUUAUUCGCUAUCUUAUUAUUGACGAAAUGUCGAUUAUUGGGCUAUGCAUGAUGAGCUAUAUUGAUGAGCGGCUUCGUCAGAUCUUUCCACAUGAUCAGAAUAAGUUCUUCGGUGGCCGCAGCGUUCUUCUAAUAGGGGAUUUCCAUCAACUUCCGCCAGUCAUGCAGAAAGCAUUAUACUCUAUAUCAGAUGCCAGAUCUCAGCUUGAAGUCAGAGGCUAUACUGCCUAUGUUCAGUUCAAUAAGGCCGUUAUCAUUCGACAAGUUGUCCGCCAACAAGGCAACAAACAGGCGGCAUUUCGGAUGGCUCUUCAAGGCUUUCGUGACAACAAGCCUACGAUUGAGCAAUGGCGGCUAUUACGCACUCGUCUUCAGUCUGUACUGCCUUUUGGGGAGGUUCGCAAGUUCGAUAGUGCCAUUCGCAUCUAUCCCACCAAUGCUCAAGUUAGGCAGUACAAUCUCGAGCACAUGGAGCGUCUUCGAGUUCCCUGCAUCAGGAUAGCUGCAGCAGUUAUCGGCGUUAGAGCCUCAGAAGCUGAUUCGAUGAUGGCAGGCAACCUUCACAACAGACUACCUAUAUGCAUUGGGGCCCGGGUUCUUCUCACUGAGAAUCUCUGGACAGCUGUUGGCCUCGUUAACGGUGGAUUGGGCUAG